CUUGUUCGCUCGAGGUCAUAAUCGCAGUUGUCAGUUUCCGAGACGUUUCAGGCCAAUCGUAUUGUGCGCAUGCGCGUUAGCUCAGCACUGCAGAGGGAGUCCCAGAGCUGUGAAAGGUUCGUGUGUAAGGUGUGUAUAGAAAUCUCAUUAAGUAAUGGCUCGAAAGCGAUGAAGGACGCGGUCUGACCCAUUGAGGACAUUAAGUUACUCAAAUCGCCAUGGCCUCUUUAACCGCUAACUCGACGACUCGGGGCAUCCAGAAGCAUCAGAAGUCCUUCUCACUGCUCUUCUACCGGGCUGUGCGGGACCUGAAGCCUGUCUGGAUGCUUGAGGACAUGCGCACGAUGGAGACAUUUUACCAGGAGGAGGACGCGAGCCAGAGGAUUUAUACACCAUCGGAGGCGUUGCUCUACGCAAUAGUUCACGACCACCAAGCCUAUGCCCAGUAUCUGCUAAGUCGCUACAGCGAGGAAGCGCUAGCAAAGCCCGGUGAGUGCUUCUGCUGCUGCCCGUCCUCCGCCCCACACUUGGCCAUGGCGGUCCGUUAUGAUAGGCGCUACAUUCUCGGUCUCAUCUUACAGGAGACUCAUCGGCUACACAGCACAGACCAAGCCGGGUGUUUUCACAUGGAGGACGGCAGAACCCCUUUACAUCUGGCUUGCGAGUUUCUGCGGCCAGAGGCUGUCAUCAUGUUGCUGGGGAACGGAGCGUCCCCGAACGCCCAGGAUCACAACGACUUAACUCCGCUGGAUGUGAUACUGGAGAAACUCAGGGACUGUAAGGAGGUGAACGGCGGGGAGAGGAGGCAGUGCCUGGACAACCUACUAAUGUUCAUGCCAAAAGUUCGUUUUAAAAUGAAAGGAGCUCUGGGCAGAGAGCCGGAGCGCUGGGGGAAGGUGCUGGGUGAAGACACGUACAAGUACCUAGCGGGAAAGAGCCCUGCGCCGCUGGUCCUCGCAGCUAUGCAGACAGUUCUAAAGCAGCUGAGCCCUGCGACCUUCCCGGAUAGUCUGAAUGAGCUGCCCAUCCCCUCCGCCCUCAAACCGCCGGGCCUGCCUGUGACCCGGCGGGACAUGCGGAGGGUGGUGUAGCAUCAGUGUGACUACUUCAGCUUGAUGUGCGCGUGUCUGAACAGCAUGUACGGCUAUAAAGCGGUAACAUGUUAUUAUGGGGCUGAGGGCUCCAUAAGUAAACCCUACUGGUCACGGGAACAAAUAAGAGAAUGUAAUGUGAUUUUAAUCACAGUGUUCCUGGUGAUGUUGUUCACUGGAGUUUGAUUGGACCAUAGAGGCAAUUUGCAAGGCAGCCAGCAGUGGGAAGACGAGACAUAUGCUUUAACGUUUUACACUAAUUGGACAUUAUUAUUCAGUUUAUUUGUCUAACCUCAUUCUAAAGUGUUGCCGAAUAAUACUACUGCUAUUUAAGUGAGUGGAUCAUCAGAGGAUUAGAACAGUCAAUGACAGCCUAUUUCAUCUGUGGCACUGUUGAUUUUAAGUUAUUUGGAUUGUAUUUAUAAGUAAUGUUAAACAAAGUGAUCUUAUAGGUUACAUCAAAAUAGUGAGGUGACUUGAAACUCUUUGGACGCCAGAUUAUUUUUAAAUAAAUAGGAAUCCAAGUGAUGAUGAUCUUACUGUGCCUUUCUUGACUCCACAAAGAGAUAUCUGCUGGUUCUCACAGCCAACAGCAAUUUGGCAGUGAGUGACUAAUGAUAAGACAGAAACACUGGGGAAAUGUUGAGUCUGAAAGCUUCUUGAUGAGUCAAAUUCCUGACUUGAAAAAUUCCUUAUUUGACCUGGGUGAUUUGAUGGGGGUUAGAGAGGCUGACUGUGUUGCCUCAUAAUCUCAUCAUCUGCAGCAUCUGAGUCAUAACAGCCCCAAGUAACAUCUGCAUUGUAGUAAGAAAUCUCUUCCCUUUUCAGAGUAGGUUGAUAGUCAACUAGAAAAUUAUCAGUGAGGUAAACGAUGUAAAUGCUCAGUGGAGAUAAGAUUACUGACACACACAAUGCCAUGGUGGACAAACACAGUCACCACUGAAAAACAGCCUUUAACAUUAUAACAAUGUAAUUAAUCUGCACAAACAAGCAAACAAAGAAGUCAUUUGACAGUCAUCACUUAAUUGACUUCAGGUAUUAAAUAGUCAGUUGGUUGACAAUGACAAUUUUCCUAGAUUCAGUACAAUUUUAAGGAUGACCAAGAAUUUUAAAGAUUCAUAAGAAGUUCAAUUUUAAUUGCAGAUUACACUGAAGAAGAACAUGUUCACGAUGAAACAAAGCAUAUGCACGCCUGUCCUUUCUUUGACUAACCAUCAAAUGUUUUCUUUCUGGAGUUAAAUGGUCUUAUACUUGUAUAGCGCUUUUCAGUAUGCUCAUAGCGCUUUCACAUUACUUGGUACCCAUUCACACGCUCAGAUGCUCACACAUUUACACACCGAUGUCAUCACCAGGAGCAACUGGGGGUUCAGUGUCUUGCUCAAAGACACUUUUGACA